AUAAAUAUACCCUCUCGAAAACUCUUAGUCACGUACAAAAAUUUAUAAAUUAUCGCGGAAAGAAGAAAAUCCUCGAUGAAGAUGAAAUUCGUUCUCGCGAGCCUUCUAGUCCUAGCUCUUGUGCUCGGCCAGUCCCUGCAAACAACAAUGGCUGGCUCAAGUUUCUGCGACUCCAAGUGCGCGGUGAGGUGCUCAAAAGCAGGGGUGCAAGAUCGGUGCUUGAAGUAUUGUGGGAUCUGCUGUGAGGCGUGCCAUUGUGUGCCUUCUGGAACUUAUGGUCACAAAGAUGAGUGCCCUUGCUACAGAGACAUGAAGAACUCUAAGGGCAAGCCCAAGUGCCCUUGAUUGUUUCCCUGAAAAUCCAAUAAAAUGAGCCUUUCAUGCUCAGCUACGUCUGAAAUGUACUUUUACAUGUAAUUGUUUGCUUUCAUCAAGAUAAUAGACUAAUUAUUUGUGUUUAGCAGCACAAAACGAGAUAUUAUCAUGACUGAAAGCUGGAAUUACUUGUAUGAUUUAUAUAAAAAAAUAAGUUGUUGUAAAUAAA